GCAUAACAAGCCAGAAUCCUUGAUAUCUUGGCCUGUCACUGUCCUUCCAUUCAUUCUUUUGAGCCCUCGCAUUGUUUUGCGCCCCAAUUGUGUUGACACGCGACGAGUGCUCCCUUUUUUUUGUUCCUUUUACAUAGGGCCUCCGUCCCAUCCCCAUCCGACCACAAUAACACUUCACCGCCGCACGAGUAGUUUUCUUUUUUUCCGUACCGUGCGGCCUUGGUACUAGUGGUAGUCAUCCUGCAUCUCAACAGACCACUUACGAGACGAGCAGGGCGUGCACCUCGUACAAGCGGUUGCACAGAGCGCGAAAAGCAGCAUUCCCGUCUGGUCGGAAGCAUCUCAGACUAGUGGAACGGGACAACCCUGGUUGUUGUUCGAGGACGUCUGCCCCGGCGGUCAUCGAGCCGACCACCACACACCUUGUUCGCCCUGCCUCAUAUAGAUUGCAGGAGAGAUGCGGACAGCAUUAGGAGGGUCUGGGGGGUACUGGUCCACCCAAAGUCAGCGGAGGGCCACCAAAAAAAGCAUCAGCGAAGCCUGCCCCGAGUCAUCUUACCAGGACCACACAUCUGCUGCACACAAACAUUACACACCUUUGACUUCUGACAACGAACACUUUGCCGAUUUUCUCGAACCAGCCAUUGAUGGUCCCCCGUCGCCGGCCCGGAUCAGAGCCCUGAGCAACAAGGUCAAGCAGGCAUCAAUCUCGGAACGACAUGUGAGCCAGCAGACGACCUCAUCUGGGUCAUCAUCUCUGCUCUCCCUCGGGUCGUUCGACCGACGACCAUCCUGGGACAUACCACUGGAGUCCUUCUCGCUAUCGAGGAAGUCAUCAACCCGCUCGACGACGAGCAGCAUGCGAGAGCGUCCAGAGAGCGUCCAGGCAAUUGGUAAGGCGAUAUUCAACCGCAAAACUAAACUCAGGAGAGAAAGUCUGGUCACAUCGACAGACAUGGCACCAGAAAAUCCAGGCGAGCGUGCCCGGGCGCCUUCGGUCACCAAGGAGCACGCCCUAUCCAGCAUGAACAUUUUCAAUCGACGGAGGACGGUGCAAGCACCUGAGGAGGCAUUGUCUCAGAAACGGCCGCAGAUCUCAAGCCCUUUCAACUUCCAGCACGUCGCUCAGAUACAGCGAGAGCAGGUCCCGAACUUGGAACGAUCGAGUCAAGUGCCGCCGCGUAAUGAGUGGUCGACUGCUCGUGCCUCCGGGGUACCAACCACGGGGCCGUCGAGGGGCAUGCAGGCGGACGACUUGCGUGUGCCAAACUUCUCAUCUAAAGCUAGUCGCCCACAUGAUGACGACGAAGUGGCACCGGAUGUCGUGCCGCACCGGCGGGAGAACAGUAUCGUUCGCCCACCAAGCUGGCACAAAUCCCCUCCGAGGCCUAUGGUCAAACAUUCACGAUCUCAGGAUCAUAUCCCUGGCAUUCCUCCGCCCCGGCCCCCAAGGUCGCCGACGGCCCUGGAUCUGAACUUCGACCUGAUGCCUCCCGUGCCUCCUCGCAGCUCCAGCCGGCCGUCAAUUGGAUCACUCCCGCGUCGCGACUCCGAAGCUCUUGGGAGCACAAUGAACGACCGGGCGCAGGCGAUGAGUGGGUUCCGAUUCCCACCGCCACUUCCACUCCAUAUGGAAGCGAGCAGCCCACCGCCAACUUCGCAGGGGCCAUCCAGCCCCACCGCUGGGGCGGAGCGUCGGUACUCUCGCAUUUUCCUACCCUCGCCUACGGAGACUCCCAAUUGGCCUCUGACAUGCCCUCUCCACAAUGCGAGUGUCUCGACAUUCGAAGGUGGCUUGCCUGAUGUGCCCGAGGAGGAGGAGCAUCAUGGGUUGCCUCGGAGAUCACGAGCGAGUAUCCGCAGCAACAACUCCUCGCUUAGGGGCUCGCAGUCGGUCCCGGCCUUGCGCAAGGCCUCGGUAUCUGAAUACAGCUCGCAUGACCGUACUCUCAGUAGGGAAUCCACGAUAUUCGGUCAUUUCGACCUGGCCGCCGCCCAGCGAGCCGAGAGAGUGGCCAUGGAGGAAGCGCAAGACGAUUCAGACCCACUUCCGCGAGAUAUUUGGGAGGAUGUCAUCGAUUAUUGCUACGAACACGAGGCUGAGGCCGACUGUGACUACGACUGGGACCGGCCAUCGAUCGAUAUGGGCCGCGAACCGACGUUUCUAUUUACCGAAGAAGAGACCGAACACGGCGCGUUCUUUCGUACAGCUUCCGACCAUUUUGAAAUCCCAGCCUUGAGCCCCUGUAGCCAUCUUUCCGUGGGUAGCGCUCAAGACGCGCAAGAGGCCAUAACCCCUACCAUCUCGGCCAGCGGCACGAAGUCGCCUACGCGAUCAAACUUCUCACUUCCCCGGCGGGAUUGUGCUCAGCCACAGCGCUUGCUCCACGAGCGAACGACCUCGCAAAUGUCCGCCUCCAAGGAGGGAUAUACUAUUUCGCCAUCGAUGCUGAUCCCGAAUGAUUACCAACAAGAAAUGCUUGCUCACCAGAAUGAGCGCUUCGAGGAGGCCGAAGGCUUGGGUCAGGCAGUGACGUGGGAGGAACCGACCAUGACGGCGGAGGGUUCUAACCUAUUCAUCCCGAUCAGGGCUAGCAGCUCGACCACCGCGAGCGCCAUGUCAUCGCGGUCCAACUUUGACCGGCAUAUCUCGACGACGUCUUCCACCAGUACCGACUAUACGCGCAUGACCAUGAGCACCAGCUCGGUCAACAUCGAGGAUUAUCUGCCCAAGGACGACGCGCCACGAGCCAUUACGACUGACGACUCGGAAAUCCCGCAAACAGCCGCCGCGGUGCCGAACCACGCCCGGUCUCAGAGCAUCGCUGGCCUCCUGAACUCGAUGGACUCGAGGCCCCUGACCCGGGGCAACCACAGCAGCGACCCGAACCUCGACAAGCUGCACUCUGCCAAGCGUCAGGUCGGCCGCGGCCGCUCCAGGACGCUGAGCGCCAGCCCUCCUCCUCCGGGCCAGUACGCCCUCUUCCCCAGGCCGGCGAACCUGAAAUAAGGUCAACAACCGAGCUCAACUACCAUCUUCAGACACCUGUCUGCACGCAGUUCAAGGUGUCCUAUCUACACCCUCCCGACGAUGUGUCAUCUCGGACAACUCAAAUCUCUUUUCUAUAUGUUUGCGUACCGGCGACCGGAGCUGUGCCGACUCGAUACUUCACAUGCCUGGAGAGGCUCAUCACCAUUUUCAUUUUGUCUCUUUAGCAUUUGGGAUUUUCGCUCUGAACUCUGAUUUGGGUCCAAGGAAGGGCCACUUUCGCCUGCUGGACCUCAGCAGGGACGCCUGGGUAUUGCUUAAAUAUGGGGUGCUAAAGAAGGGCUCUGAGCUCCCCGGGUCAACACACGCUCUCGCGUACAACACACACCUUUUCCUUUUUUCUUUCCCCGUCUUGGCCCUUUCGGGUCAUCUUCUACUGGGAAUAUCUCAUGGCGCACACAAAACGGGAAUUAAUUUCUGGGCUUCUUGCAUUCAUGGACGGGCCAAUUAUAGACCAAAACAUUAUUCGGGUCGUACUGGGGGAAUGAUGUUCUGUACCGGGGCUUUGUUUUUUUCUCGUCCGCCAUGGAGCAAGCAAGGGGUACUGGGGUCUUGGUUAACGCUUUUCUUUAUUCAACUCGAUGGCUUUUGACUGUCAGAAGCCAUAACAGGGGCAAGUGAAGUGGCAAGGUUUGGGAAU